AUGGGUAAUUCAGUUAAACAAUUUUCCACUUCAGCUACCAAGGGUGAUCUUUUUAAGUACCAGAAUCAAUUACCAAAGUUGCCAGUUCCUUCUUUGGAAGAAACUGCCGCUAAGUAUUUGAGAUCUGUUACUCCAUUUUUGUCGCCAGAUCAAUUGGCCGCUACAAAAGCAAAGGUUGAAGAGUUUGUUCGUCCUGGUGGCGUUGGUUCAACUUUGCAACUGCGUUUGGAGCAACAUGCUAGUGGUCAAGAAAACUGGUUGGCCGCUUGGUGGGAUGAUUGGGCAUACAUGAGUUACCGUGAUCCUGUGGUUCCUUAUGUUUCGUACUUUUUCUCCCAUAAAGACAUCAAUAAUGUCAUUGGUAAGGAUCAAUUGUAUAAGGCAACUUUACUUGCUCAUUACACUCUUCAAUUCAUGGUUGAGGUUCAGCAAGAAACUUUGGAACCAGAAAUCUUAAAGGGUAACCCAUACUGUAUGAAUGCGUUCCAUUACAUGUUCAACAACUCAAGAGUGCCUGCCCCAGGUGCUGAUAUAACCAAGGUGUACCCAGGUGAAGAACAUCGUUAUUUCCUUGUCAUCUACAAGAACAAUUUUUAUAAGGUUGCACACCAUGACCCUGCUACUGGUCAACUUUUGACCAAGGUCCAACUUUACAAUCAAUUUCAAUUGAUUAAGAACUCCAAUUUGCCUGAAAGUGAACCUGUCGGUGCUUUGACAUCUUUGAACAGAGACGAAUAUUUGGCUGCAUAUGAAAAUUUGCUUAAAUCUCCUAUUAAUGCAGCCUCCCUUGAAUCUAUCUUUGCUUCCUCCUUUGUCAUUUGUUUGGAUGAUAACUACCCAAUUACCAUCGAAGAAAAGUCAAAGAACUGCUGGCACGGAAACGGUAAAAACCGGUUCUUUGACAAGCCUUUGGAAUUCUUUGUUUCUGCUAAUGGUAACUCUGGUUUCUUGGGUGAACACUCCAGAAUGGAUGCUACCCCAACCGUCCAAUUAAACAACUAUUUGAUUGCUCUGCUUCAAAAGGAAGACCCUGUUGCUUUUGUUGACCUGUUGAAGUUGGAACAAUUACCAUCCGAAUUAUCACCUAAAAACUUACAAUUUGAUUUAGACCCAGUUUCAAGAGGAAACAUUGCUCUGGCUGUCGCCAAAUUUGAUCAAACUAUUGCUUCUCACCACGAAGAAAUCUUCCAAUUUUACGGUUAUGGUAAGAACUUGAUCAAACAGUUCAAGGUUUCUCCAGAUGCUUAUGUUCAAUUGAUGAUGCAGUUGGCUUACUACAAGCUUACUGGAAAAGUUAGACCAACUUACGAAUCUGCAGCUACUCGUAAGUUCCUUAAGGGAAGAACUGAAACGGGACGUUCUGUCUCAAUUGAACUGACUGCGUUCGUUAAGACCUGGAGUAAUCCUUCAAGUUCCAUUGAAGAUAAGGUAGCUACAUUUGUUGCUGCUGCUAAACAACACGUUGGUUACUUGGUUGAAGCUUCCAACGGACGUGGUGUUGACCGUCACUUGUUUGGAUUAAAGCAAAUGAUUGCUCCUGGUGAAGAAAUUCCAGAAAUUUUCACUGACCCAGUGUAUGCCUACUCCUCCACUUGGUUCCUUUCCACAUCUCAAGUACCUUCUGAGUAUUUCCAAAGUUGGGGCUUCUCACAAGUCAUUGACCAAGGUUUCGGUUUGGCUUAUUUGAUCAACAACGAGUGGAUCCAUGUCCAUAUCAGUUCAAAGAGAGGCAAUGGUUUGAACAGUGACCACUUGAAGUGGUACUUGACGGAAGCUGCCCUUGAAAUGAAGGAUACUUUGUCAAAGGGUUUGUUGGCUCCAAAGGCAAAGUUGUAA